CCGCGCCAGGAUGAGACCGGCCCCCUGCGGCCUCUGGAUCACGGAGGUGGUCCUCAGCGGCGAGUGGGUCGGAGAGGAGGUCCGCGUGCACACGGCCGCCAAGGCCGCGAACAGCCGCAGCGAGCCCGACCACUUCGCCCUGCUGGUCGGCCCCGGCGCCGGCCGCGCCGAGCGGACGCGGUGGAGGCGGUGGUCAAAGUUCCCCAAGGACGCCGACGUCGCCCUGUCCGGGAACGUGACGGUCCGCCCCGCCUUCCGCGACUUCCGGGGCGCGGCCGCCGUCAAGGGCAGGAGGGUAUUCGAGUUCCUCGUCGGCCCGUCCGCCUCCCUGCAGGAGCGCGUGUCCCUCGCCGUGGCGCAGGCCUCGAAGCCCGCCCUCGACGUGCAGGCCGCGCGCCUCGGCAGGCUGGGCGUCCACCGGUUCGGCGGCCUCCUCGGCACCGAGGACCACGACCCCCUGGUCGAGGAGGUCUCGGUGAAGUGCGCCGCGCACCUGCGGAGCCACGGCGCGAUGACGCCCCGCGACAUGCAGCGCAUCAUCGCCCACUCGACGGGCAACUCCGCGGCAGCAGCGCUGCUCUCCCCGGCCAGCCCCCUACCCGAGGAGGAUUACGAGCAGGCUGCCAACAUGACCGCGUCUUGGUGACGAGCGGACGCACCCCUCCGGCAGGGUCAUUCUCAGCCCACCGGGCGAGGCGUCCCGCGUGUGCGGGCGCCGGAGGAUUACCAACAUGACUGAGAUCUGUUCGCGUCGGCUGGCACUUCGCUUUGAGAUUUGUCCGGCCGCCAACAUGACCGCGUCAAUCCUGCCGUGAUUUUUCGCCCCCUCCCCCCGCGAGACCCUUGCAAGCUCCUCCGCUCCCGCCUUGGCGGACUAUGUUCUCCGCUGGCGGGGUGCGUGCACAGUCCGGCCUCCGGCCGGCAGAGCACGCGGCGCGGCGCAAACGGGGCUCGGCCACAGCGGCGGAUCCUGCAGGUUCUCGCAAAGCCGGGAGCCGCUCGCGACCCCGGAGAUUGCCUUAUACGUAUCGGCUGAGCCAGGCUUGGGGACCCCCC